ACACAAGAAGAAAAACUGUGCUUUCUUUCUCUGUAGAAAGAAUCACACAGAACCAAAAACAGAAAUUAGAAACCCUAACUUAGCAAAGCAAUGGCGUCAAAGCUUUGUGAUUCGUGCAAAUCAGCGACGGCGACGCUCUUUUGCCGACCAGACUCGGCGUUUCUUUGCAUAAACUGCGACUCUAAAAUCCACGCUGCUAACAAACUCGCUUCACGCCACGCGCGUGUUUUCGUCUGUGAAGUCUGCGAGCAAGCUCCGGCUCACGUUACCUGCAAGGCUGACGCUGCAGCUCUAUGCAUCACCUGCGAUCGCGACAUCCACUCUGCUAAUCCUCUUGCUCGCCGUCACGAGCGUGUUCCGGUUACUCCGUUUUACGAUUCUGUUCCUUCCGUUAACAGCAAGACUAACGCGGUAACCUUUCUCGAAGACCGUUACUUCUCCGAUGUUGACGGAGACGCCGGAGAUGUUAGUAAAGAAGAAGCUGAAGCUGCCUCGUGGCUUCUUCCGAAUCCUCCUAGUCACAAGUUUAUGGAGAAUCCGGAUCUCAAUACGGGUCAGUAUGUGUUCUCCGAUAUGGAUCCGUAUCCGUAUCUGGAUCUGGCUUACGGUCAAGCAGAUCCGAAACUUGAAGCGAAUGAACAAAAUAGUCCAGGAACUGACGGUGUUGUUCCGGUUCAAAGUAAUAAAACCGUUCCAGCUCCGUUUGUUAACGAUAACUGCUUCGAGAUUGACUUCACUGGUUCCAAAGAUUUUCCUUAUGGUUACAACACAGAGUGCUUGAGCAAUAGCGUAUCAUCGUCGUCAUUGGAAGUCGGAGUAGUGCCGGAUGGCGGUGACAUGACGAAUCAAUCAAUGACGGAGUCGACAAAUCAAACAGUUCCCGUUCAGCUAUCGGCAGUAGACAGAGAAGCAAGGGUGUUAAGGUACAGAGAGAAAAGAAAGAACAGAAAGUUCGAGAAAACAAUAAGAUACGCGUCACGAAAAGCUUAUGCCGAAACACGACCCAGAAUCAAAGGUCGAUUCGCUAAACGAACCGAUAAGGAAGUUGAAGUUAACCAUAGCAGUCUCUACGGAUUCGGAGUCGUUCCGUCGUUUUAGUUAAUCUAAAUAGUAACGAAAUUACGUUGUUAAUUACUCGCUUUUUAUCUUUAUUUCUUGCUGGCUUUUUUCUUGUUUUAGCAAACGAAGCUACCGCUGUUACUGUGUACUAAGCAGAGUAUUUUCUGUACUGUAUAUAUUAACUUAUGUUUGUAGUUGAAGCUGUUUGAUCGAUGGAAAACCGUAGAUUUUGUUA